AUGGAGCUGGGCCCCGCCGUGUCCCCCGGGCCUUCCCGCUCCUUCAAGGAGGAGCUGCUCUGUGCCGUCUGCUACGAUCCCUUCCGCGAUGCCGUGACUCUGCGCUGCGGCCACAACUUCUGCCGCGGGUGCGUGACCCGCUGCUGGGAGGUGCAGGUGACGCCCACCUGCCCGGUGUGCAAGGACCGCGCGGCCCUAGCCGACCUGCGCACUAACCACACCCUCAACAACCUGGUAGAGAAACUGCUGCGCGAGGAGUCCGAGGGCGCGCGCUGGGCGGGCCACCGAUCCGCGCGCCUCUGCCGCCUGCACCGCGGCCAGUUCAGCCUCUUCUGCCUCGAUGACAAGGAGCUGCUGUGCUGCUCGUGCCAGGCCGACUCCCGGCACCAGGGGCACCGCGUGCAGCCAGUGAAAGACACUGCCCACGACUUUCGGGCCAAGUGCAGGAACAUGGAGCAUGCGCUGCGGGAGAAAGCCAAGGCCUUCUGGGCUGUGCGGCGCUCCUAUGAGGCCAUCGCCAAGCAUAAUCAGGUGAGUGCCUGGCUGAGUGGGGAGAUUAGGGACACCUGGGAUAUGGGGGGAGGGGAGAGCUACAUUGGCCUGCCUUCUGACCCUCACAAACACAAAAGCCGAAAACGCCGCCUCUUCUGCACCAUGGAGCCGGAGCCCGUCCAGCCCGGGAUGCUCAUCGACGUCUGCAAGUACCUGGAUUCCCUGCAGUACCGCGUCUGGAGGAAGAUGGUCACGUCCGUUGAAUCUGUGCCUUUCAGCUUCGAUCCCAAUACCGCGGCCGGCUGGCUCUCGGUGUCCAAUGACCUCACCAGCGUCACCAACCAUGGCUACCGUGUGCAGGUGGAGAACCCGGAGCGCUUCUCCUCAGCGCCUUGCCUGCUGGGCUCCCGCGUCUUCUCGCAGGGCUCCCACACCUGGGAGGUGGACCUGGGGGGGCUGCCCAGCUGGCGGGUGGGUGUGAUGCGGCUGCAGCAGGACGCCGGCGCCGAAGGCCACUCGCACAGCUGCUACCACGACACCCGCUCAGGCUUCUGGUACGUGUGCCGCACGCAGGGCGUGGAGGGAGACCACUGCGUGACCUCGGACCCGGCCACGUCAGCCCUGGUCCCGGCCAUCCCCCGCCGCCUGCGCGUAGAGCUGGAGUGUGAGGAGGGCGAGCUGUCUUUCUACGACGCGGAGAGCCACUGCCACCUCUACACCUUCCACGCCCGCUUCGGGGAGGUGCGGCCCUACUUCUACCUGGGGGGCAUGCGGGGGGAUGGGCCUGCCGAGCCUCUGCGCAUCUGCCCCCUGCGGAUCACUGUCAAGGAGGAGCUGGAUGGCUGAGGUUGGCCCGGAGCCUGAUGGAUGCUGCCUGGGACCGGGUCCGUGGUCCUGCUCUCUUUCUGCCCUUCCUCAGUCCACGUUCACCUCAGUACCUCUGAAUCGACUGUCUCUGCCAGCAUCUUCCUGCUGACCUGUCUUGUCCUAUUCCUAUGGCUCCAGGCCCCAGACCUUCUCCUUCAUUUCUGGUCCCUUCUCUGCCCACGGUUAAAAGUCAUCCAAGAGAUCCCUCACUCCUCAGAGCCAUGGCACCUUCAGGAUGUGAAUUUUCUGAACCCUAAUGCCAGGGUUUCUGGGGAUGACAUUUGCUUCUAGAAUGGGACUGUUUUUAAAAAAAAUUUUUUUUAAUGU